UCAACCAAUUAACCUUACCUAUCUCUAAUAUUCUCAGUAUUCAACACUCAGUCCUCGGCGCAAUUCAGGAAGUCGCCUCCGCCGCGACUGCCGUGACCGCCGCUGCUUCGAACACUCUCAGGAAUCUCAGACCCAGUCGCGAUUUCUGUCUCUCGCUAUCUCCUCAGCGCGGUGACCGCCGUCGGCCGUCACCGCUGCUUUGACCGACCAUAGCCAAUACCAAAACCUCCAACCAAAAAUAGAAGGGAACAAUAUACAUUUUGAAGAAGUUUAAAACUCACUGUUAGAAUAAUUGUAUCCAUUGGUGCUAGUAAAACCAGAAGAUGGCAUCAGAGGGUGUACUGACCAUAUUGAAAAGUUGCUAGAAGAUGUUGUGGUGUUUGCCAUUGGUAAUUCCUUGCCACAUGUAUUCUUGAUGGUUAUACAGUUGGGCACCAUGAGGAGACUUUGUUAGCAUAACAACAACAAAGAAGUGAUGUUUAAAUUUUUCUCCAUGCAAGUGCUUGCCUUUGGUGUAUGUUAGCAGUAUUUGCUGUAAUUGAGACCAAAAAUAAAAUGUCUGAACUUCCGGCGAGUGUUGUCCCUCCUCCAGUGAAAUCAGAAUCUCCCACUGGUGCUGACAGCUCCAACACCAUCUCUGUGUGGUCACAGCCGCAGCCAUCUCGGCCAUCAAAAGUCGCCAUUUUGGCUGAUCUCAAUGUUGAACCACCGGAAGCUGACGCCCAGGAUUCUUUUCAAACGGCCGUUGCUGCUCUGCUGCCCAACACAACUGCUCCAAGGAUAGUCAUUGAUGAAAGUAGUCAACAUAAGACAAGCAAAGAUGUUGAGGGAAUGGAUGUAGAAGGUAAACAAAAAAAAUUGGGAAAAUGUCGGUCAAGAAUUGGUAAGGUAGACAACCAUCUUGAUUGUAAUGGAGCUGAUGCAGAUGCUGAACAGAAUAGUCAAGGAACCCCUUCAUCACGUGAAGAAAAAGUUAGCAGCCUUAAAAAUGGACUGAUACAUGUUGUGCGGAAAAUGCCUAAGAACGCUCAUGCUCAUUUUAUGCUUGGUUUAAUGUAUCAAAGGAUGGGCCAGCCUCAAAAGGCAGCUUCAGAAUAUGAGAAAGCAGCAGAUAUUUUAGUUAGACCUGAUGAAGAAGUAGACAGACCAGAGUUACUUUCUUUGAUCCAGAUACAUCAUGCAGAGUGUAUCCUGCUGGGAUCCUUGGAGGAUUGCAGUUCAGGCAAUGAACUAGAACCUAAGGAACUUGAGGAGAUUCUUGUUAAACUAAAGGAGUCUGUGCAAUCUGAUGUUAGACAGGUGUCUAUUUGGAACAUUCUAGGAUUAAAACUUCUACGCACUGGUCGUUUGAAGAGUGCUAUAUCAGUUUUCUCCGCUUUAUUAGUCAUUGCCCCUGACAACUUGGAUUGCCUUGGAAAUCUUGGAAUCACUUACCUUCAGAGUGGGGACUUAGAGCUUUCGGAGAAGUGCCUCCAAGAUCUAAUAAUGAAAGAUCCAAACCAUCCUGGUGCUCUAGUAAACUUUGCUGCCCUUAUGCUGUGUAAAUAUGGUUCAGUUGUUGCAGGUGCUGGAGCAAAUGCCGAUGGUGUAGCUCUCUGUGAUCAGGUGGCAGCAGCCAAUGUUGCCAAGGAGUGUUUGCUAGCAGCUAGCAAUGCAGAUCCCAAAGCAGCCCAUAUAUGGACAAAUCUUGCUAAUGCAUAUUAUUUGACUGGUGAUCACAAAGGUUCAGGCAGAUGUUUGGAAAAGGCAGGAAAGCUGGAACCUAAUUGUUUAGCGACACGAUAUGCCAUAGGAGUUCACCGAAUCAGGGAUGCAGAGAGGUCUCAGAAUCCUAGUGAACAGCAGCUAUCUUGGGCUGGAAAUGAAAUGGCUUCAAUAAUUAGAGAAGGAGAUUCUGGCAUGAUAGAGCCUCCAAUUGCAUGGGCUGGUCUUGCAAUGGUUCAUAAAGCCCAGCAUGAGAUUGCAGCUGGAUUUGAAAUUAAUCAUAAUGAAUUGUCAGAAGUGAAAGAACGUGCUAAUUAUAGUUUGAAGCAGGCAAUUGCAGAAGAUCCUGAAGACGCUAUUCAUUGGCACCAACUUGGUCUUCAUUUUCUGUGUACCCAACAGUUUAAAAUGUCACAGAAGUACCUCAAGGCUGCAGUUGCAUGUCUAAAGAGCAGUUAUGCCUGGUCAAAUCUUGGUAUCUCACUGCAUCUAUCAGCCGAGUCUUCAUGUGCAGAAGAGGUAUAUAAACAGGCCCUGUUAUCCGCUACCCCUCAACAAGCGCACACGAUCUUUUCCAACCUGGGUAACCUCUACCGCCAACUGAAAGAUUAUGAAUCUGCAAAGGCGAUGCUCACAAAGUCGCUUGAACUGCAACCCGGAUAUGCACCUGCAUACAACAACUUAGGCCUUGUAUUCGUGGCCGAGGGCAAGUGGGAGGAAGCUAAGUUCUGCUUCGACAAGGCAAUCCUGCAUGAUCCACUGUUGGAUUCAGCUAAAUCAAACAUGAUUAAAGCCAGGAACAUGCAUAGGAUGUACGAGAGCAUGUCCUCGUAUCUGUAAUUAGUAAUUACCAUUGUGUUGACUAGAAACUCAGGAUUCGCUCACUUGUAAAUAAUUGUUUAUGGAAGGAAUGUUGUACCUGUUUACUGUUUAGUCUUGCCUUUUGGUUACUUCCAAAUCAUUUGCAAAUUUAUUUAAA